AUGUGCGACGAUGAACUCAUCAAGGUCUGCAACGAAAACUCAUUGUUCAAGAACGAAGCGCGAUACCUUGUCCAAGAAAAGACUCCGAGAUAUGGGCUUAGUUGUCCAGACCGCUCAGAGGAUCCUGAUGGCAUCUCUGAGGCUAUCAAGAUUUUCAUGGAAGCUGACUUACCAAACGAGUUGAUCGAGCUUUUGGAAAAGGUCGUUCUCGAGAACUCCGUCUUCUCCGAUCAUCGAAACUUGCAGAACUUGCUCAUCCUCACUGCAGUCAAGGCUGAUACUACCCGCGUCAUGAACUAUAUCUCUCGACUUGACAACUAUGAUGCUCCAGACAUUGCUGAAAUCUGCAUCAACAAUGAGCUCUACGAAGAAGCAUUCGCCAUCUUCAAGAAGUUCGACGCCACGACUUCUGCUAUGGAAGAGUCUAACUGUCGAUUCAGAUCCGAGAAGCUUACCUUGAAACGGAGCUCUGCUAAUCGUUUGCCAAGACGAACAGACUCGCUGAGCUUAAAGAGAUGUACCAGGCUGUCAAGGUCCUCUACGCCAGCAUUUCCAACUUCUACUCUCCUCAAACUUGGCGGGUGUCAGGCUACUGUCGAAGCUACAAAGAAGGCCAAUUCAACCCAAACAUUGAAGGAAGUCUGCUUUUCUUGCGUCGAAAACGAUGAGUUCCGACUUGCUCAACUCUGUGGCCUCAACAUCGUUGUCCAUGCUGACGAACUCGACGAUCUUAUGAGCUAUUAUCAGGAUCGUGGAUUUUUUGAGGAACUCAUCACUAUGCUCGAAGGCGCCCUUGGCCUCGAAAGCGCUCACAUGGGCAUUUUUACAGAGCUCGCUAUUCUUUACUCGAAGUACAAGCCUGAGAUGAUGAAGGAAAACCUCGAGCACUUUUGGUCUCGUGUCAAUCUUCCAAAUGAUAAGUACGAGGAGUACGACGACGCCAUCUUGACAAUGAUGAAGCACCCAACUGUCGCCUGUAAAGAGGGACUCUUCAAGGACAUCAUCAAAAAGGUCGGCAACAUCGAGCUUUACUACAAGGCUCUCGAGUUCUACAUCGACUUCAAAACUCUUCUUAUCAACGACUUGCUCAAUGCUCUUAGCCCACGAAUCGACCACACCCGAACUGUUACCAAUACGUAUUGCUGCUUAUCUUUACAAGAAGAACAACAGAUAGGCAAUCUGUCGAGCUUUGCAAGAAGGACGAUCUUUUCAAAGAGGCAAUGGAGUACGCUGCCGAAAGCCGUGAUACCCAACUUGUGGAAGAACUUGCGAACUGGUCCCUCAAAAAAGAACCUAUUUUUUGCAAUGGACACGCUGUGCAAUUACUCAACAUCUUACAGCAGCUUCUCUUAG